AUAAUUAAGCUAUGAUUAUCAAGAAGAUUAAACAUGACAUUCAUUAGAUUGAUCCCUUUUCCAUUUCCGAUUUCCGUCUACCGAUCUCUUCAUCGGUUGUAAGAUCAAAAUUUAUUUCCAUGAUCUCUUCCGUAGCGCGAUCACAGCCGUCCAAUCCAGGAUUGUAAUGAAUCUCCAACCAAUCGGCUAUGCAACUUCUCCUUCACUCGCGCCAAAAAUCUCCGAAUUAUCCGCUACAGUCUUGGACCAGGGUGUUCAGACCUUGCCUGCCACCGGUGGCCGGAAAUGCCAUGGUACCUGGUACGUUGCCGUUUUGGUAUUGCCAGCUGUAGUAUUUGUGGCAUACUUGGGGAUCAAUGCGAAGAAGAAUUUGAGAAAACUAUGGAAUGGAAGGUCGUAUGUUAUGAUUUCCUAUUUUGCCCUUCUCUGGUUCGCGUGCUCUCUCAAUCUGGCUUGGUGCUGUCUUCAGGCUUGGCAAUGUUCUCCUGGAAAGGAGGUAGCUUGGAAUUUCCUCUCACUGAUCACAGGAUCUGCAAUGCUUUGCUUGGAAGUUAGCUUAAUGGCUUUCUUGCUGCAGGAUAGUUAUGCUAGUGGGUUGGAAACUUUAAGUCGUACUUUUGCUGUCUCAGGGAUCAUUGUUGGUGUGGAUAUGCUUUUCAAGGGAAUUUAUGUUUUUGGAUUUGGGAUCCCACUUUUCAUAGGUGGUGAUGACAGUACGCAAAGAGUGAAGUGGGGCCUGUGGAUAAUCCACAAGCUAUUGCUUACGGCAGUUUAUGGUUACAUAUUAUUUGUGCAUUUCUCAAAAUGGAGAGAGAAGUUACCUCCCAGACCAUCAUUCUACAACUACAUUGUUGUGAUGUUUUUCAGUAACGCCGUGGAAUUGUUUGCUUGUGGGCUUGCUGUAAUUGGAGCAGGCGUUGGCAUUUGGCUGUACGAUUUUAUGGUUGUCUGUUAUCACUCUCUUUACCUUCCUUUUCUUUAUAUGACAUUUCUAGCAGAUUUUUUCCAGGAGGAACAUUUCCUUCUGGAAAAUGCGUACUACUCUGAGAUGAAGGAUGCUGGAUUCUUUGAUGCUGACUGGGAGUAAUAAUUGACUAGAGAAAGUAUAACGUUGCAGAAUGUAAUUAAAUGUGAAUGAAUAACCAUUUGGUUCGAAAAAUAGAUGCCUGUUCCUUUCUUUUCUGUUGUAAUGUAAUUGUAUUAGAACGGUACAUAUCAGAGAUAGAUGACAGAUGCAAGUUUUAAUUGAUGAAAA